CGCGGACGCUUUUGUCGUGUUCGCCCGUGGCCGCCGAUCGUGUCACCACUGAUUGUGCGAGAAAGUAGUGCUAAAAGCAAUAGUUUGCGAUACUCGGGCAAAGGAAGCCAUGGGGCUCGCGAGGACGGCCGUCUUCGCCGGCUGCCUCCUCUUCCUGGCGGUCGACGCCUUAGGCAAUAAAUGUACAGUCGGCUGCCAUGGAUUACAAGGAGGUAAAGCAUAUCAGGAAGGACACACAUAUAUAUAUGAUUUAGAAGGAACGUCCGUAACGUCGGUCCCCGAUUCUCAGGGUGACGCUACCUUAAAACUGAAAGGUACCGUUGAAUUGUCAGUAAAACCUGACUGCAUUCGGCAAAUCCGAUUGAAGGGCGUACAAAUCAAUGGAGCCCCAAUAUCACUGCCAGAUGUUGAAAAGCACGCGCUACAAUUCAACUAUCACGAUGGCCACAUCGACACGCAGGUUUGUGCCGAGGCUGGUGACUCGCAGGCAUCUCUCAACAUCAAGAGAGCUGUCACCUCUCUCUUCCAGUCGGCCGUCAUUCAAGAUUCUGGCUCUACAACUCAUCACGAGUUCGAUGUGUUUGGCGGCUGUCCGACUGACUUCACCUUCCACAAAGACGGCGAGUCGUUGGUCAUUCAGAAGGAGAGAAACCUGGUCCGUUGCUCUCAUCGCGAGAACAUCAGGGAAGGACCUGUGUCCGCGAUCUACGAUUCAAAAUCCGACAUUCAAUCGGUCCCGUUGCUAUCAUCGCACCAGAAGAUCGAGCAACGCUUCAAACGCGGUAUCCUGAACAAGGCGACCUCGGUCGAGACCUACAAACUCAAGCCAUGGAGUAACGGUGACAUCAAUGCCAAGACGGUCGUGCAAACCACGCUUACCCUCAAGGACGAAAAGGGCGAUAGUCCGAACGCUCCCGUUACCCAGCCGAAAUCUCUCAUUUUUGAAGCGCCGCAUCCCGUCAUCAAGUCGUCCGCCGACGCUAUUGCCACAGCCCUGAAGAUGGCAAGUUCCGAGGAACAUGACGGUGUGAAACAGGACGCGGCGGAGAAAUUCGCCGAGCUCGUUCGGGUCCUCCGUCUUAGUAACAAGAAUGACAUUCUCGCCGUUUAUCAGAAGGUGAAGGCCGGCGCCGGUUUUGACAAAGUCCUGGACAAGAAGAUUUUACUGGAUGCCCUCUUCCGUACCGGAAGCGGUGAGGCUGCCGAGAUGGUCACCGAUCUGUUGAAGAAUCACGAGCUCACCGGCGUUCAGGCUCUCGUCUUUUACGCGAGUCUCGCUCUCAUCAAUCAUGUAAAUUUACCAUCAGUGACCGUCGUCACGUCUUUACUCGAUCAGCCGGACCUACCGCGUCUCGGUUACCUCGGAAUCGGUCAAGUGAUCGGCAAGUAUUGUCAGGAGCACGCCUGCGAUAACGUAGCCGAAAUUAAACAAGCUAUCCAGAAGAUUCGCGAGAAGGUCGGCAACGGAAAGGCAAAGACCAGGGAACAGGAGAAUCUCAUAGUCUCGGCCCUGAAGGCGCUGGGUAAUGUCCAGUAUCUCGAUGACGCUAGUAUGCAGAAACUGGCUAGCAUCGCCGAGGACAAGAACGUUCGCAAUCGCGUCAGGGUAGCCGCGAUCGAGGCUUUGCCAGCACGCUGUUCUAUGAAGUGGAAAAACAUUCUUUUGAAGGUUCUGGCUGAUCGCGAAGAGGACAGCGAGAUCAGAAUAAAAACUUACCUUUCGCUAGUCGCCUGUGUUUGCCCACAUGUUGCCAACAGUAUCAAGGAAACGUUAGAUAAAGAAACAGUCUAUCAAGUCGGAUCUUUCAUUCAGAGUCACUUGCGGAAUCUGCGAGCCUCCGCCGAUCCAAGCAAAGCCGAAGCGAAGAGACAACUCGGUCUAAUUAAGCCGCGAACCAAAUUCCCGGAAGACUUCCGCAAGUUCUCCUUCAACAAUGAACUAUCGUACAAUGUCGGCGGUCUCGGAGUUGGCUCUUCCGUGGAGAGUAACGUCAUCUACAGCCAGGACAGCUUUGUACCGCGCUCGUUGAAUCUAAAUCUGACCACUGAGAUAUUCGGCAGAUCUUUCAAUUUCUUGGAGCUCAAUACGCGUAUCGAGAACCUUGAUAGAUUGGUCGAGCAUUACUUCGGGCCUAAAGGUCGUUUGACGCAGGACGAGGUAGAGGACUUGGUGGAUAAGGGAACGGAUAAGGUCGAGAAUAUUGCACAGUAUAUUAAGAAGAAAGUCAACAAGUUGCGCUCUAAGCGUGAGGUCAAGCAGGGAGAACUCGACAAAUUUGCCAAAAGUGUCAAAUUAAGAAACAACGAGGUGGAUCAGCAGCUUGACCUAGAUCUAUCAGUCAAACUAUUCGGUGUUGAAUUGGCAUAUCUAACUUACAAUGGAAAUCCCGCGCAGUUAUCGCCGGAGAAUAUCAUUGAUAAGAUAUUCGAUGACGUUGAGGUAGGAUUCGACAAGGUGAAGAAAUUUGAUUACAACUUGCAGAAUCGCAUGCAGUUCCUGGACGCGGAGCUCAUCUAUCCGACAAAUCUUGGUACGGCGCUUUCUGUGGGCGUGAUCGGCACCAGCGUAGUCCAUUUGAAGGCAUACGGCAGAUUAGACAUCCCGGCAAUGAUAAAGAACCCGCAGAAAACCGACGUGUUCAUCGGUUUUGAACCUGGAGCUUCCAUUCGGAUCGCUGGUAGCAUGGUCGUUAAAGGAUUUGAUGUAGAGUCCGGCAUGAAGCUUGUCACUACAUUGCAUUCCGAUACGGCGGCUGAUUUGACAGUGAAGAUAUUAGACGGCAAGGGUAUUGACAUAAAAAUCGGCGCGCCGAAAAGAAAGGAGGUGCCCAUAAGCGUGAGCAGCGAGAUCCUGCUGAGCACCGGAUCGAAAGGCGAUACAUACAAGGCUCCCAAGUUCGGCAAGGGCAAGGUAUACAAGGAUUGCUUCGAACAAUUCUCCACUGCUGUGGGCAUAACAGUUUGCGGACAUCUGGAAUUCCCGUAUGAUGGCAUCGAGUCGGUGAACAAGAGAGCCUUUUUCCCCCUAAACGGACCGUUCAAAUAUAGCAUUAGCAAUGAGAACAACGAUCUAACAAGCAUCCAUCUCAAGAUCUAUCACGACAAGACACCAAAGUCUCGAUUAUUCGAGAUUUUGUUAGACACACCUAACAGCAAAACUAACAGACGCAUAUCUCUGACCGGCGAAGUCGUCCUCGAGCCUAACAAAGUCGCCAAAUUAUCAUUCAAUUCUCCUAUAAAGAAGGCCUCCGUUGAAACGGUAUUGAAAUCCAAUCCUCAGGAACACACAUUCACAAUCACUGUGCAAAACGAUAACCAUGAGUACUUUGCGCGCGCCGGCCUCUUGGCUGACGGUACCAAAUACAAGCCCGUAUUGGAGUACAAAGUGCCGGAGCAUAUCGAAAAACUAGCAGGCACCAAGUUCGGAACGAAAACGUCAACAAGCCGUCAACAAUACAAUGUGCAGGGUAGUGUGGAGCUGAUCGAUGAAAAUGACGCGAAGAAAUACGUGUUCAACAAGGUAGCCCUGGUCGCGGACGGCGAGAGCCUCGUCGGUCUCGACGGAUAUGUUCAAUCCGGCAAAAACGCCAUCGCCCUGGAUAUAAAGACAAGUUAUAGCGACGAGUCAGUCGCCCUGAAAUUGCACGGGAAAAAGCUGGGAGAACGUCAUUAUUCGUUCGGCCUAUCAGCAUUGCCAUCUAGAGAUCCCAAUAUAGCUUUUGAUAUCAACUGGGAAUUGCGUAAAGGUGACUACGAUUUCGAGAAUAAUCUGGUCUUCGUCCACGGCCCGGAUCCGAAAUCCGAGAUCAAUCGUUUCACUCUCAAGCAGUACAUUGUUACCAAUUUGAACCAGGGAAGCGCGAAUUUUGUCCUGGGCGGAUCUAGCAAAAUCUCAUAUCCCGCUGCGAAACUGAAACUGUAUCUCGAAGGUAAACUCACAUCUGUUUCCAUCGAUGGCGACAUCGAAAUCACGUAUGACAAGUUUAAAUUUGGCUCGGAGCUAUCCGCCAAGCGAAACACAGAUAAGCCGGGCGAUUAUGAGAUCGAAUUCGAGGCCGAACUGCUACAAAACAGCAUCAAACUGGAAUCGAAACGUACGAUCGUCAAUCCGCACAAGAGCAAGUAUCAGAACAAGAUCGAGCUAACGCCGGGUGGCAAGUACGAGGCCGAGGCGCUGGUGACAUUUGAUCAGGACAACAAUCAUGUAAACGUAGAGGUGGACGGCGAUCUGGAUCUGAACGGCAAGAAGGUAAAGGCAUUCGGCAGUCUAAACACUGAGCGUCCCGGUAACGUCCAGUCUCAAGCAUACGUCACCGUCAACGAUGUCAAGUACGUCGACUUCGUGCUUAAGCUGCUGCGACAGGGCACGUAUCCGCAGGGUAAUUUGUCCCUGAACAUAAAAAACUAUCUAAAUGUCGCGGGACAGAUUACGGUACAGAAUGACAAGGGUAAGGCACAGCUCAAUAUCGAUCUGCCAAAGAUCAAUCGAAAGAUUAAAGGAACUAGCGAAUUCGUGAUAAGCGGCACGCAGCACAACGCCGACAUCGAGAUUCUGCUCGACGCGGAAAAGGACCCGAGCAAGCGUAUCAAACUGUCCACUGUGAACGACGUAAAGAAGAAUGCCGUCGACUCGAAGAACGUGAUCGAAGUACUGAAUCACAAGCUCGAGGUGAAUGGCAAGGGCAAGCUGGACGGCACGUUCAACGAGGGCGAGCUGAUCAUCGACGCGGACAUCACUUUGCCGAACGGUCAUUACAUGGUUUACAAAGCUAAACGCACGUCUACCAAGAAGAACGACAAGCACAACAUCCACGUGACCGCCGAGCUAGAGGUCCAUGAGACUAAGGGCGGCAAAUCGCAAAAAUAUAUGUACAUCAUCGACGCAACCGAUAUCGACUACAAGACGUCCACAUUCCAGUUGAACGAGCAAGUGACGGCCACCGACUUCGACGGCAACAAAAAACAGUUCGAUGCCAAUAUAAAGAACCUUGCCGAUGUCGAUGGUUAUAAGAGAUUGUACGAGAUCAUUCUGGCUACGUCAGCAACACAUUCGGAUAAUGCGAUGGUGCCGAGGCCGUUUAAUCUACAAUACAAGACUGGCGUGCGCGAUAACGGUGAAGUGAUAUACCAAGUCGCUUCCUCUUUGAGCAAGGACAUUCAGGCGAAGAGUUCUGGAAACUACGUUCCCGGCAACAACGUUGACAAGCCUUGUACGCUCAACGGCAAUCUGGAGCUGGUAUUGCCAUUCGAAGGUCUGUACUAUGUCAAUCUCGAUUUAAAGAACAGCUUGCUGAGUCAAUCCGAAGAAGAAGGCGGUAAGCUCGAAUUGGAAGGAUCAUCGACGCUCACUUACAACAAGGAUAAAUCGGUCAAGGUCGCUGGCGCUCUCAAGACGUCCGGGAUCAAUGACGGCGAGCAUCCUUACGAGAGCGAUCUUAAGGUCGAUCUGACGGUUCUCCAGAUACCGCCUUUCACCUACCAAGAGUACUUCAAGUAUGUGCCUAACAACGACAAAGUGACAAUCACCACUAAUACGAUUGUCAAGUACGGUCAAAAAGAAUUGACCCUCGCGAUCGAUUCCCUCACGUACGAUCGCGAUCUCACGCAUGUCGAUAUAAAGGCCAAGGCUACCACCCCGUACGAGAAGCUGCGUCAGAUCGAUCUUGAACUCAAGCACGAGAGAGAAAAGGACGGACACGUAAGGAAGACCGAUGUGGUCGUCACUGCCGACAAUAUAAAGUACACAGCCAAGAGUGAAAUUCAAGACGGCAACGUCUCUCCGAUUAUCCAUAUAGUUCUCACUUGUCCAAAGGGAAAGACUGAAUUACUCUCGAAAUUCGAGAAGCUUGGCGACCGAGAAUACACGGGCGAAUGGAAAGUCGAGACACCAUACGGCUUCGCCGUUGCCGAUGCGCACAUCAACCUGGAGAGCAUCGAGAAUUUUGUCAUCAACGUUAAUCUGGACAGCGACAAACUCAAGCAUCGUAAAAUUCACGCCGAGAUCGCCAACAGUCCCACCGCUAAGACUGGCAGAAAGAUAAUCAUCGUCGUCACCAGCGACGGCAAGAAUAUCGUCACCGGAAGCACAAAUUACAAGAAACGCGACGAAGGUGGCAAGAUCAUCGUCGAAGGGAACGGCAACCUCAAGAUAGGCGAGAACACGAGGAGCUCGUCCUUCAAGUAUACUCGCCAGCAAUUGACUCGCGAAAAGGACGGCGAGGUCGGCGUUAUAAUCGUUUUGAACGCCAAGUUCGAUCCGGCGGCUAUCGUAGGCGAGCUGAAACUCUCGAAUAAGGAAAUCCUCGUCUCCAACAGCUACUGCGAGCAGAGCAAGGACUGCGCUCACUUCAAGCUUCAAUCGAGCUACGAUACUGAUAAGAAGAACUAUCUGAAUCAUCAAAUAACGGUGGAAGUAGACCUAAAGAAAUUUAAUGUACCGGCUGAAUUCGGAUUAAAGACGAGUACCGAGAUCAAAGAUUCUAAGUUUGAUCACUCCGCCAACUUGUAUUUACACUCGUCCAAGGACAAGUCUCAGUAUUCUUACCAAGUCUACAUUCAUCCCAAGGAAAGCGCUGCCAUUUUGACUUUGCCCAACCGCGAAUUGGCAGUUAUCAGUACAUUCGACUUGCCGAAGACGAAGCAAACCGGCGCGUUUAAGGUCGAUGUGUCCGUUUACUUGGACAGGAAGAACAAACCGUCCGAGAAGACCGGCCUGGUCGCUGCCGGAGACAUUAAUAUCGGAAAGGAGAGUGGAUCCGUCAACGGAGAAGUUAAAUUCAUUUAUCCGUCUCAGCCAAAGGAUAUGGCAGUGAAAGGUAGACUUCACUAUGGCGGCCAACUGCUUGACGCGAACGUUGAUAUCGACGUCUUUGCGAAGAAGACGCAAAAGAUCAGCGUAGCGGCAAAACUGAGUCAACAAAAUAUCGACAAAGGUUACAAUUUCACCAGCGUAAUCGAAGUGAACAGCCGUGGUCAACAGCUUAAGGUCGACUUGAAGUCGCACACAGUACUGUCGAAAAAUACAAUCGGUUUUGGUAACAUAUUAACUUAUAUGGACUCACAUCAGAAAACGAAGAACGUGGGCAUCCUGUUCUCCGCGGAUUGCAAGAAAACGUAUCUUCUUGUGACCGGGCCUAAUAAGGAGCUACUUAAAGUCGACGUGAAACUGCAAUUAGAGAAAAAUUUGCAAAAACUUGAUGCCGAAAUUGCGGUUGUUGGCAACAAGCCCACCAUAAUUAAUAUAGAAGCGAAUGAUUGGAACAGCUUCAAGUAUGUAAAGUACCAGCAAGAUAAUCCUAGCACGAAGAUUAGCGCUAACGGACGCGUUGUGCUCGGACAAUUGGCAGAGAUUCACGCCGAUGCGUACAAGGAUGGAGUAAAGAAAAAUCUUUUCUACGGUUUAGUCCAUCUUGAUGAGGAGAAGUUCUUGAAACCUGACUUCAGCUAUAACAAGGACAAUAUCGUCUAUGUGAUCGAACAUACUCGAAGCCGAAGCAUCGAGCUACUGAAACAGCUGAAAGACGCCUCUAUUGAGAUAAUCAAGGAGCUAGAGCAUGAGCUGAAAGAUUUUUUGGAACAUCUGAAGAAGGCUCAGCCGAAUAUCAAGCCGCUCUUGGACUACUACGAGACUGAAUUGAACAAGCUGAAAAACGAGCUUCACGCUGACCAGACCAUCAAAGACAUACAGGCUACUUUGAACAAGCACUUCGGAACUAUCAUCACCGCCGUGACGGAAACCUUGAAGCAGAUAACCAUACGAUUGAAUGAACUCCAGAAAGAAUACAACGAAGUAAUCUCCAAACUCCAGGAGGCGUGGGACAAGAUUUAUCCUCAAUUGAGAGAAUCCUACGAACGGAUAGUCAAAGCCUACAUCAGCAUUCUCGACAGCCUCGCCAAUGUCGCCAUAUCUUACCUCAAGGCGCUACUCACUCUGAUCAACGAGCAUCAGAAAGAAUUGAAGGAAAUAGCGGUUAUGGCUUCCGAGCUUGCUCAGGACAUCGCUAAAAUCGUAUUCAAGGCUGUUGGUCAGAUCAGAAAAGAUGUCGAUGAGUUUGCCGUUCUGCUGAUCAAUCAAGUCAAGGCAUUACCAAUCUAUGACCUCGUGAAGGAACAGUACAAGGAUAUCAUAAACCUCCAAGUGCCGGAGAGCAUAUUGGCAUCUGUCCACGAACUUAGCGAGAUCAUAAAGUCCAUGCUGCCGACCGAGGAACUUCGACAGUUCUUUAGCGCUACUUACGAAUAUAUCAUAAAACACGUCAAACACGAAAAGGUCGACAAUGCCAACGAGAUCAAAAAGAUCUAUCAGCGUGCGCUCGACGCUAUCGCGUCCCUCGUCAAGCUUCUAGAAUCCAGCGACGUCUUGGAACAACUAGUAAACAGCUUAUUGGAAGCUAAUCUACCUGUUCAGCUUGAAACGUUGACGAAAUUGCCAGUGAUUACUUCGGUAAAAGUAUCUCUUAUCAAUCUGUUACGCAACAAUGAACUUCCAUCCCUUACGGAUCUCUACUAUGCCUACAGGCCCACCCUGCUGCUCUCUGACAUCGUGCCUCCCUUCAGUAAAGUUGGUAUCGUCGUCGACGGGGGACACUUCUUCACCUUCGACGGCAAUCAUUUUGGCAUAGCCGGCGAUUGUACCUAUAUUUUGGCCCAAGAUAUGCAGGACGGCAAUUUCUCCGUCGUCGCCAACUUCAACAAAGGGAAUCUUAUUAGUGUGACCGUUACGGAACCUAAAGAGAGCAUCACGCUGAAGAACAAUGGCAACAUUCUGGUGAAUAACAAGCCAGCCGAUUUCCCAGCCAACACGAAGAAUCUGCACGCGUUCCUCAUCACCCCGACCGCACACAUCAAGUCCGACUACGGCGUGCACGUCACAUGCAGCUACAAACUACCUUUGGUAUGCACGGUCCGCGUGUCCGGCUUUUAUCACGGAAAAUUACGCGGUCUUCUCGGUGAUGGCAACAACGAGCCCUAUGACGACUACACGUUGCCGUCCGGAAAGAUUACCGAGAGCGAGACUGAAUUUGCCAACGGAUACAAACUGAAGCCCGAUUGCGCGGCUGUGAACGCGAUCGAUCACAAGACUCAGGAACGUAAUCCAGUCUGCACUGAGUACUUUACCAGCGAGAAAUCUUCAUUGAAAAAGUGCUUCAACUACAUUAAACCGGCUUAUUACCGAGAUGCUUGCGACUAUGCUGCUAACGGAAAUCCGCAAGCUCCUUGCUUGCUCGCCGCCGCUUACUACUCCGCCUGCUUUUAUAAGCGUGUUUACGGAAUAAGCAUCCCGGCCGCUUGCACAAGUUGUAAGGUCGGUGAAAACACGAUCGCUGUGGGUGAUAGCUUCAGCGUCAAGACCCCGAAAAACCAAGCCGAUAUUGUCUUAAUAGUCGAACAAAUUGCAAAGAACGAGAAGGUUUUCAAAGAUCUGAUUCCAACGUUGAUAACCGAUCUGAGAGAGGAACUAAAACAACAGGGCAUAACAGAUGUCCACGUCGGCUUAAUCGGUUAUGGCGAACACAUGGAGUGGCCGCAACACUACACUUCCAACGGUAAUCUUAACAUUGAGGGUGAUGUGAAGAAUAUGAAAUUCGAAAAGGCGGAUCCGCUUAUUACACUUGAGGAGGUCAAGUCAAGUAAUUUUGAAAAACGAAUGGAGUAUCUCGAACAAAGGCUGGAUAUAGAAUUAGGUACCUUAAAAUUGACCGGUGCUUACGAGGAAGGUAUUAACUAUCCGUUCAGAGCCGGUGCGGUCAAGGCUGUCGUCGCAAUUAUCGCUAGCCCGUGCGAGAAAAGUCCGUUGCCUCUAUCGUUGCAACAAUUAAGACUUAUAGUCGGGCAGAAGCUGUACCGAGAUUUGGGUCUGACUUACUAUCACGUGUACUAUCCUGGUGAGGUCCAAGCCUCCGGUAAGACGCAGAAGAACAUCGUUGGUUACGACAGCCAUAGCGCGUACGUAUUUGCCGAUAGCAAGAAGAAGCCCCUAAGCGGAAACAACGACCUCAGAAACAACCUGGUCCUUCCUACCGUCGAUGUGUGCGCUGACUUUGCUGUCGCGUCCGGAGGAGCGGCGUUCAUUUCCAACAAUCUCGUGGACGCUAAACCGAAUCAGAAGAGACAGUUCGCCCAGGUCACAGCUAGAAGGAUCGCCGAGGGUCUUACAAGCAUCGAAAUGGAAAAGGAUUGCACGUGCGAGCAACGCUACGGACUUGCCGCACGUUCUCGUUGUAAGAUCGUGGAACGCAUGGAGAAGGAACAACUCGCGAGACACACGAAAGGUGGAGUAAAAGGUUAAAGAAGCCACAGUACUGCGCAUAUUAUAAUUACUAAUAUUAAGUAGAUGUAAUGUAUUUGUUACUUUGUUACAAUAUCGUAAAAGUCUUUUUGGAUAGUAAUAAGCGAUUAUAAUUUACGUUAUUUACGAAGUACGCAGAUUUUUUAUAGCGAAAGAAAGUAAUCAGAUUUAAAACUCGAAAACUCGUGCCUCAUGACAAUAUUUCGUUUUUUUUUUAGACGUAACGUAAAACAUACGUGCGUAAAUUAAGCAAAUGCAAUAAAUUGGUGUACUAUUUAUCGAUGUACAACCAGCGAUAUUUUAUAGAUAAAUAAACAUUGAAUAUACUUAAAAAAAAAAAA